AUGAAGUUUCAUGAUCAAAUCAGAUCGAAAUUAACCCUUAACAGUAAUAAUAAUAAUAAUAAUAAUAAUAAUAAUAAUAAUAAUAAUAAUAAUAAUAAUAAUAAUAAUAAUAAUAAUAAUAAUAAUAAUAAUAAUAAUAAUAAUAAUCUCUUGAUGACUAAAUAUAAAAUUAACACCAUGUAUAACGGUAUAAGUAAAUGA